AUGACAUUCGAUUCUGAACAAUGUGUGUAUGAUUUUUAUAAUACAUAUGGAGGAAGACUGGGGUUUAGCAUAAGAAGGGAUUUUUGUAGGAAGAACAAGGUCACUAACCAACUUAUUUGUAGACUUUUAGUUUGCAACAAGGAGGGAUUUCAGAAGGGUGACAAACGAGACCCAUUGUCAAAAAACCCUAGAGCUGAAACUAGGGCCGGUUCUGAGGCUCGACUUUAUGUCAAAUUAGAUGAGGGUACUGGGAAAUCUGUUGUGACUGAUUUCAAAGAAAAACACAACCAUGAUCUUUUAGAUAAUGAAGAGCAAAUAGCGAAUAUGUUUUGGACUGAUGCACAAAUGAUCAUGGAUUAUGCCCAAUUUGGUGAUGUUGUCACAUUUGAUACUACUUACAAGUUAAACAAAGAACAUAGACCCUUCGUGUCUUUUGUGGGAUUUAACCAUCAUAGGAAAACAGUUAUAUUUGGUGCAGCCUUGUUGUAUAAUGAGACCGCCGAAUCAUUUGUAUGGUUGUUUCAAAAUUUUCUGGAGGCUAUGUUAGAAAGGGCACCAAAAACGUUGUUCACUGAUCAAGAUGCUGCAAUAGCUAAAGCCAUACCCAUCUUUAUGCCUGACACAAGUCACCGUUUGUGUACUUGGCAUUUGAUGCAAAAUGCAUUAAAACAUGUUAAUUGUUUUCUCCAAGAUAAGGGGGUAAAGGGUGUACUAAAUAAAUUCUUCUUUGACAUUAAAGAUGCAAAUCAAUGGAAGUUAGAGUGGGCGGAAAUGCCGCAUGAAAACCAUUGGUUGAAAUUGACUUUUGCGGUGAAAGAAAAAUGGGGCUGGCCAUAUGUUAGAUCAACAUGGGCUGCAAGAAUGAGUACCACACAACUUAGUGAAUCUUUUAAUGCUUUUUUGAAGGAUUACAUUCGUCCUAAUUUUAAUUUAAAUGAAUUCUUCAUGCAUUUCGAAAGGGUACUUUACGAGAAGCGAUACAAGGAGUUAAAAGCAGGAUAUACUUUGUGCCAAAGGUUGUCAAAGGUGAAAGCAACAAUAAGAAUGUUAAUUCAAAUGCGUAAUGUUUACACAAAAAAGAUAUUUGAAGAAUUUCAAAAUGAGUACUUUCGAUCCAUUAAAUCGGACAUAGAAGCAAUUGAAUAUAGCGAGGCUAGUACCAUUUACAUAGUUGUUGAUGUUGGUAACAACAUGCAAGGAAAGUGA